GCUUCAAGUACCCAAUCUUCUUACCAUGUGUCACAUGACAACUUGUUCUUUGUUGAGCUACAUAGCGAUCGCGUGGAUGAAGAUGGUUCCAAUGCAGACGAUUCGAUCUAGGGUUCAGUUCUUUAAGAUCUCGGCUUUGAGUUUAGUGUUCUGUGUGUCGGUGGUGUUUGGGAACAUUUCAUUGAGGUAUUUGCCGGUUAGUUUUAACCAGGCUGUCGGUGCUACGACGCCGUUUUUCACGGCGGUCUUCGCUUACUUGAUGACAUUGAAGAGGGAAGCUUGGCUUACUUACAUUACUCUUGUUCCUGUUGUUACUGGGGUUAUCAUUGCCAGUGGGGGCGAACCGAGUUUCCAUCUGUUCGGGUUUAUCAUGUGCAUUUCAACUACAGCUGCACGAGCUCUCAAGUCAGUUUUACAGGGGAUUUUACUUUCAUCCGAAGGGAGAGGAGAUUUUAUGCUUUGCUUCUGCUUCUAUGGUUUAUGGCAUGAUUUUUAUUUUUAA